GCGAGGUUGUGUUUCCGGAAGACGUGGCUGUUGCUGCAGUGGCAGCUGUCAACCUUAUGAUUGUUGAAUGAACUCGGCUAUCGUUUAGUUUUUUUAUUUUUUCAUUUUUUUAUUUGAACUCGUUGGUCAAGGUAGUGCCAAGAUGAUUUCCUUAACGGACUCGCAAAAAAUUGGAAUGGGAUUAACAGGCUUUGGCGUGUUUUUCCUUUUCUUCGGGAUGAUCCUGUUCUUUGACAAAGCCCUCCUGGCGAUUGGGAAUAUCCUGUUUGUCGCCGGACUCGCCUUUGUGAUUGGCCUCGAAAGGACUUUCCGCUUCUUCUUCCAAAAGCACAAAAUGAAAGCCACCAGUUUCUUCCUAGGAGGCGUGUUUGUGGUGCUCAUCGGCUGGCCUAUAAUCGGUGUUGUGCUGGAAGUAUAUGGAUUUUUCCUCUUGUUCAGAGGCUUCUUUCCUGUCGUAAUAGGCUUCAUCAGGAGGAUACCUGUCCUCGGCUCCAUCUUAAACCUUCCCUUCAUCAGUGCCUAUGUGGACAAAGCGGGCGAGAGCAACACCAUGGUAUAACGCUGACAUCCUGUUUUGCAAAGAAGGAUUUGUUUGAAUAUAGCGGGUUUAACAAGGUAAUCUGCCGCUUGAAAUGAUUCAAAGUUGCUAAGGUGUACUUUCGGGUAACAACGCCCACCUGCUGGCAGAAGACGACGAAAGACUGCCCGUUUGCCCGCUAUACCGGUCGUCAGCACCCGUCAAAAAUACGUCAUCAGUCUGUUACUCAAAAACAGUUACAAUACUACAGUAUAUUUCCUUCCAGUUGAUGAAAUCUCAUAUGAAAGUGGGGAAUCGAACGGAUCCCCGAAACAUCCAAGAUGACUUCUGCAAGAAUGAUUCGUGGACAUUUUUUUUUUUUUUUUUUUUGCCGGAUUGUCCUUUUUUUGUGCCUCUGCUUUAAAUUCUUAAAAGCUUUUUAAAUGCAGCGUCGUGUUUGUGCUGUUAUUAAGAGACACUUUUGUUUUCGUCUCAGAGCUAUCACAAGUACUAGCUAGUACAUCGAAUCCUGGCGAUAUCAAACAUCUGGCUACGCUCUGGAAUGUGUAGUUAAGUGGUGAAGAUUCAUGAGGCGAUGCAUUAGGGCACGGGUGUCAAACUCAAGGCCCGGGGGCCAGAUCCGGCCCGCCACGUUGUUUUAUGUUGCCCGCAGAAGCAAUUCUAGUGUCAACUUCCAGGAGUCUUGUGAAACUCAUUUAUCAUAAAUGAUAACUUUGAGAUAUUACAAGCAGUAACAUGAAUAGAUGAAAAACGCAUUCCCCUCAAUUUCCGAAUCUAACACUAGCUAAUAAAUUUCGUGUGUAAUAUAACAAUAGUAUUACCGUAAUUACCACCCUACAGAGUGCCCCUGGUUAUAAGCCUCACCCAGUACAUUUGUAAAGGAAAUACCAUUUGGUACAUACAUAAGCUGCAGCUGUGUAAAAGCCGCAAGUACCCACAUUGAAAUCCACAUUGAAAGACGAGAUAUUUACAAAGAAAGAUAGUACACAGAAAGAGUUUAACGCUAGUGCGGCACUAACGCUAGUGAGGCACUAAUGAUAGCGCGGCGCUAAUGCUAGCGCAGCACUGACAGGACCGGUUAAAAAAAAAUAAUUUAUCGGUAGAGACACCUCAGUAACACAGCAUCAACAUGCUAGCGCAGCGCUAACACUAGCGUAGCACUAACAUGGACGGUAAAAGUCACUUCCUCGGCACGUAAAUUCCCGAUCACUCUUACCUUUUCCGCUCGAGUGCCCCCCUUGCGGCCGUGAGAAAAAAAAUGCACAAAUUAGCCGCAUAAACUGCAGGGUUGAAACCGUGUGGGGGAAAAAAAAGUCUUGUAGGGCGGAAAUUACGGUAAAUAUUUUCAUGGUUUCACACUCAUAACGGCCCUCUGAGGGAAAGUGUAACAACGAUGUGCCCCGCGACAAAAAUGAGUUUGACACCCCUGCAUUAGGCUGUUUAGAUUACUGUAAAGUCCAUUUAAGUCGCAUAUAUCUUGACGUGUUGGCUAUUUAAAUGCUGGACAUGACAGUUGAUUUCAUAAGUUUUUUUAUAUAUAUAUAGUUAAGAUUUAAGCACAUCCAUAAAAGAUGCCUUUAAGAGCUCACUUUUGUCUCGCUUUAGCAUUUUAACUCCUCACCGGAUAUUAAAAGUAACAAGACUUGCCAGAAGCCAGAGAAGGAACAUGUUUUGCGGUUAAAUAACAUUUAUUGUAAAGCUUAAUUUUCCAUUUGUGUUCAUGUUUGGCAACGUACUUCCAUUCGUAUCAGUGGCUAAAACAGAAGGUCACGCUAAUUACAUUGUUAGUACAAUGUUUCCCCAUUAAUGAGCUGUACAAAUUGUGUUUACAGUAUUUUGUAUAAAUAUUUGUCACUAAAGGAGGGGAAUAAAAUGUCUUUUUGAUGGAAUUUUUAUCUUAAGCAUAACAGGCAAACUUAAGAAUUUGACAUUUGUCAGUUGUCUUUAUUUAGUGGUGGAGUGGAACCUCCAAAAUAAAAUAAUCCUAUGAUGCUUUUUUUUUUUUACUUUUCAUAGAUUUCAUACACCCAAUAUAAAGUCAGCAUAGUCAUCUUUUAUUACCUGUACAGGUAUUUUUUUAUUGUAUUUUUUUAGCCAGCAAUAUUGUCGCAUGGAAAUCCUAGAAGAUAACCUGAACAGACCGAAAACUACAAAUUGGCAUAGAGGGGAUGUAUAAAAAAUAAAAGUUUUGCAAAUUAUGAAGUCAUUUAUGUUCCACUUUGCAAUUUUACAAUAAUUUGUGCUUUCAUUUAAUCACAUAGAAAUGUAAAUAAAAAAAUUUAAAAAAUUGAAUUUGUGGCUUUUAAGGUGGCAAAAUGAAACCGUUCCAA